AUGAUUAGAAAGAGAUAUAAAACUGGGCUUUCGUCAGCAUGGAAGUGUGGUCCUGGUUUUGUGGUACGACAACAUAGUCAUGAUGUAGUUAAAAAAUUAGGCAAAACAUGGCUUACAUUAACUGGAAGUCAUUUAAGAGAACAUUCUCAAGAAUUUCAAAUAUCAAGGCCUAAUUGUCCUCCCCUAAAGUUUCGUCUUUUGCAUCUAUUCGUGAAUGACUGCAAUUCUGUAUCAGAACACGUAAUAUCACUACCUGUUAAUACAUUGAAAGUCAAUUGA